AUGGACAAAUUCGGACACUGGAAGGUGAAAAUCAACCAGUACAUGUUCAACGACUACUCCGAGGUCAACUGGAAGCUGUACGACCCCAACGGCAACCACGCUGGCGAGCACAACGUCCACGGUAACGACAUGAAGGAGAUGAAAGACUACAUCAAGUCGGUCAAUCGUCCCUUGGAGCACAUGAUGCCUUUCGGAGUUGACAUGACUGUCUCCAACCCCCACGAUGUCAACAAGUGUGUUGUGAACUUCUCUAUCAAAAAGGACAUGCCAGGCUGCAAACGCUUCAAUGGCGGUGUAUGCAGGCCUUAUAUGACUACCGAAACUUUCACUGAAAGCGAAUUUUUCAUGGUCUCAGUGUGUGAUCUCGAAUGUGGCUGGCUGAAUCUGAAGUCACUUCUAGAGCCGUCGGAUUUGUGGUGCCAGGACCUGAACGAUGCGGACUGGGAGCAAAUGGCGAACGGAUGGAAACGGGUCUUCGAGUGUGGGUGGAAGGGCUUUUGA